AUGGCCGGUGAUCAUCCAGAUGCGCAACUCUUCCCUAAUGCCACCGGGGCGGCCGCAGCUAUGGUGAAAGCUCACCAAGAAGAGGAGCCACUGAAACUGUAUUCGGGAUGGUUCUGUCCAUUCGUUCAACGAGUUCUCCUGGUACUUUUGGAGAAGAACAUUCCCUUCCAAUACAUCGAAGUGAACCCGUACCAUAAACCGAAGUCUCUCCUCGAUUUGAACCCUCGUGGACUAGUUCCGACUCUUCAAUAUGAUGACAAACCAUUGUACGAAAGUACCGUGGUUUGCGAGUUUCUUGAAGAGGCAUAUCCUUCGGCUACUCCCAAGCUGGUCCCCUCUGAUCCAUACACCAAAGCCCGGAUGAAGAUAUGGGCUGAUUUUGUUACUUCACGUAUCAUCCCUGCUUUUCAUCGCUUUCUGCAAUACCAGCCCAAGUCUGCUUCUGAUACUGGUCUUGAGAAAUUCCGCCUGGAAUUCGUCGAGCAGUUAAAGCAAUUCACACAAGAGAUGGAUCCUGAAGGUCCUUAUUUUCUAGGGAGAGAUCUGAGUCUCAUUGACUUGGUCAUUGCCCCGUGGGUGGUGCGACUUUGGGUCUUUGACCAUUUCAAAGGAGGCAUCAAAUUGCCAAAAGAAGAGGCUUGGUCCCAAAGGUUCGAAAAGUGGCAGAAAGCGGUAGAGAACAGGGACAGUAUCGUCAACUCAACGAGUGAGCGGCAACAUUAUUUGCCGAUUUAUCAGCGAUAUGCUGAUGAUGUCGCAAUGUCUGAAUUGGCAAAGGCCACGAGGGAAGGCAAAGGUGUGCCUUGA